CCCAGCAGCAUCAGGGCGCUAUAAGUACCGUUGACCGCACGGUGAAUGGAGGCGAACCGCGUAAGUGAGCGCUUGCUACGGGCAAUUAAAUCAGUCAGAGCACGAGCAUAAACCACACACCGGUGGGAACAGCAUACACCUAAGAUCACAAUGAAGUGCAGCGAAACGAUCGUAACCUUUGCCGUGGUGCUGACGCUGCUUGCGUGUACCGUGACCGGUGCAAAGGGUGCCCGGUUGGAGGCUGAGCACGUCCGGCGCAUCCAUCAGAAUGCACGCGAGUGCGUGAAGGAAACGGGCAUACUGCCCAAGAACGCGUUCCGCGUGCUGAGCGGAGACUUUUCCGUCGACACGAUGAAGGCGAAGUGCUUUGUGAAAUGCUUCCUGGAUAAGGCCGGCUUCAUCGAUGACAAUGGGGUGAUCCAGCAGGACGUGAUUCGCGAAAAGCUGACGGUCGGCAUUGAGGCGGGCAAAGUGAACGAGCUGAUCAAAAAGUGUUCGGUGGAGGGUACGGACGCGUGCGACACGGCUUACCAAAUGUACAAGUGCUUCUUCAGCAAUCACAAGGUGCCGAAGGAAUUGUUCCAGAUGCGCAAGGGCAUCGGGCGAAGGAACAUGCAGCAGUGAGGAGCGGGAAAAAUGGGGGAUGGAAUAGUAUUUGAAGACUGAUUGUAGGUAGAUAAGUAAAUA